CAGGCGCCGGGAGAACGGAGUGGAGGAGAGAAGCUCCACAGAUAAGCAAGCAGCUCUGGCCCUCCAGGGGGACGGAUCACCUACAAGCAAGACCUGACUCUCCUCCCCAGCGGCUGCUCAUGAAUCCAGCUGGGGGGACAUUCGUGGAUUUCUAAAUUUGGUGCGCCAAGAUAGCCGACUUCAUCAACAGGUUAGUUAGAAAAACUGUGUGCCCCCUGCCUGAGGGCUUGAAACUCCAGGGAUGAGAGCUGACAAACUGGAAUACAAACUCUUCUCUGCAUUGUUUCAAGGGACUUUUGUUGUUGCUGCUGCUGCUGCUGCAGUUUUCUUUAAUUUGUGAAAUCUUGUUAUGCUGGCCAUUUUGGUUUAACUGCUGCACCGGCCACAAAACAGAUGGCAAGACAGCUUCCUCCCAUGUCAGGUGUGUCUGAAAGGCAUUUGUGUGAACAUGCACUCAAAGCUUUGGGUGUUUAUGAGUGCUUAUAACUGAGCAGCAAUCUGAGUGUGUUGCUAUACGUGUGGGACCACUUGGAGUGUGAGAGUGUGACUUUGUGUGUGUGUAUGAAACAAGUCCGAAGUGCUUGAAGAGAGAGAGAGUGUGUGUGUGUGUGUGUUUGACUGAGGCGGUGGGGCCCUGUGGAGGUUGUAGCCCUGGAUUUCUUAGAGAUGGAGGGUCCUGUUUAUGACCGGUUUGGAGAGGGGGAGAGGGACACUUACCAAAUCGACUACCGGAGGAUUGUAGGGGACAUGGAACCGGCACGGCCGCGCAUCCCAACCAGAGAUGGGGAACAACCUCACCCCUACGUGACCUACGCCCACCCAACGGCACAUGGACAUGGGCACGAGACUGCAGCCCAGCGAUACAGUGCUACACGUAUCCAAGCCGGAUAUGAACCAGAGAGCAUGGCAGACUACUUGAUCAGUGGAGGCACAGGUUAUGUUCCUGAAGAUGGAUUAACAGCACAGCAGCUCUUCUCUAUCGGCGAUGGACUCACUUACAAUGACUUCUUGAUCCUCCCUGGUUUCAUAGAUUUUACUUCUGAUGAGGUGGAUCUAACCUCUGCAUUGACGAGGAAGAUAACCCUGAAGACGCCUCUUAUUUCAUCUCCCAUGGAUACAGUCACAGAGUCAUCCAUGGCCAUCGCCAUGGCAUUGAUGGGUGGGAUUGGAAUAAUUCAUCAUAACUGUACUGCUGAGUUCCAGGCCAACGAGGUGCGCAGAGUCAAGAAAUUUGAGCAGGGCUUUAUUACAGACCCGGUGGUGAUGAGUCCCCGACAUACAGUGGGGGACGUGUUUGAGGCAAAGACACGCCACGGUUUCUCUGGGAUCCCGGUUACAGAGACCGGCAAGAUGGGCAGCAAGCUGGUGGGCAUCGUCACCUCCAGAGACAUCGACUUCCUGUCUGAGAAAGACCAUGACAGACCCCUGGAGGAGGCAAUGACAAAAAGGGAAGAUUUAGUUGUUGCACCCGCUGGAGUCACACUAAAAGAGGCUAACGAUAUACUGCAACGUAGCAAGAAAGGUAAGCUCCCCAUAGUGAAUGACAGUGAUGAGCUGGUUGCCAUCAUUGCCAGGACUGACUUGAAGAAGAACAGAGAUUACCCUCUGGCUUCCAAGGACUCCCGCAAACAGCUGCUGUGUGGAGCUGCCAUCGGCACGAGGGACGACGACAAGUACAGACUGGACCUCCUCAUGCAGGCUGGGGUGGAUGUGGUAGUCCUGGAUUCCUCCCAAGGAAACUCAGUGUAUCAAAUCAACAUGAUCAACUACAUCAAACAGAAAUAUCCUGAACUACAGGUAGUUGGAGGAAACGUGGUGACAGCUGCUCAGGCCAAAAACCUCAUAGAUGCUGGCGUGGAUGCCCUGAGGGUGGGCAUGGGAUGUGGCUCCAUCUGCAUCACCCAGGAAGUGAUGGCAUGCGGACGGCCCCAAGGUACAUCGGUGUACAAGGUUGCAGAGUACGCCCGACGUUUUGGAGUGCCAGUAAUUGCUGAUGGAGGCAUUCAGACUGUUGGACACGUGGUGAAGGCUCUGGCCCUGGGAGCAUCUACAGUGAUGAUGGGGUCGUUGCUCGCGGCAACCACUGAAGCUCCGGGAGAGUAUUUCUUUUCAGAUGGCGUCCGUCUGAAAAAGUACAGAGGAAUGGGCUCCCUGGAUGCCAUGGAGAAAAAUAACAGUCAGAAACGUUACUUCAGCGAGGGAGAUAAGGUGAAGGUGGCUCAAGGUGUCUCAGGAUCCGUACAAGAUAAAGGCUCCAUCCAUAAGUUUGUUCCUUACCUCAUCGCUGGUAUCCAACACGGCUGUCAGGACAUCGGAGCCAAGAGUUUGUCUAUUUUACGGUCGAUGAUGUACUCAGGAGAGCUGAAGUUUGAGAAGAGAACCAUGUCUGCUCAGAUGGAGGGAGGAGUCCACGGCCUCCACUCAUAUUCUUUUGUGCCAUUUACGAGAAGCGACUUUACUGAGGCGGGAGGAAGAGGAAGCACUCGAGCAGGACCAAAUGUCCCGGCCCCAGCAGCUAUGAGCAGAUACACCGGGCGCAUGUGAUCAAACUACAAUCAGAAAACACUCUAAAAAUCUGACAUGGCUUUUCUGUGUCCCUUUUGUCCCAUCUCUGACUCCUUCAAAGAUAGACAAAACAAUAUACUUUAUCCUGAAUUUAUAGUUCAGACUUUGAACUUGCAGUCACGUCUACACACAAACUCUGUAUCUGUGUUUCUCCCACUGUGGCCUGCAGUGGAGGUAAUGUGAUUACCUGAUCCCUUUCAACAAGGAAACGGAUGUUGUUAACUACUUUAGGACAAGCUUAUUACCGUUACUGAUCUGGUGAGAGGCCCAUCUCCUUGCUGGCCUAUGAAUUGCAUCCAGGAUAUAGGAGAGUAGACUAUACAACACACCUUAUAUUUCCAUGCUCAUUUAAUAUAUUACAAUAUACUUAAUCUUUUGCAGGAAAUCAGGCAGUCAGAUAUUGUUUUUACAGAAUAAAAGACACAUAAAAAAGGCAGCAAGUCUUUGGCAUAAUGUUUUAAAUGUUAAACAUUUUAUUUCAUUUAAGUAACAAGUUAAAUAGCUUCAUUAUCAGCUCGUGUGUAUAUCAACUUGUGUGUAAAGCUUACUGAGCCUGGAGGAAACAUCUACACAUAGUACAACUGUGUUCUCGUUAUCCUCUUACUACACCCGUUAGUUUUUGUUUCUACAUCAUUUCUCUGACGGUGAGCUCUUUGAAUGUGCUGCUGCUGUUGCAGAAGA